AUGCAAGUCGAUAAAAAGUUCAUCAACCAAAAAAUCAAGAUUUCAGUAGAUGAUAUUCUUGAUAAAUACGAUUGCCCAAUCUGUAUGUGUAAACUAUUAGAACCAUAUAUUGUGAAGUGUGGGCAUACUUUUUGCAAGAAUUGCAUUUUAGAGUGUGUAAAUAGACAGCAUGAGUGCCCUGCAUGCAGAUAGAAAUGUACCAAGGAAGAUAUUUUUAGGAAUUAUUCUCUUGAGAUACUUCUACAAAAGCUAAGUGACGAAAGAGAAAAGGAAUAGCAUCUUUAUUUCAAUAAUUUAGCCGGAAACGCUGUUGAUUAACUAGAUAAUCAUCAUGGUGAUGGUUAGUUGAACAAAUCACCUAUUGAGACCGUGUUCACAAUGAAUCUGAGGGAUUCCUUAUUGGGGUAUCAGCAGUAUUAUGAAUUAUUGCUCAAGGAAAAAGAUGAACUUGUUAAUAAGGUGAAGCAAUCACAUUCAUAGGAUCUAUUAAAUGCAAAGUUAAACGAGAACGAACUUGAGUAGUAGAACAUUUUCGAACUCAUAGAUAUCUAAUCUAAAUAGAUUGAGAAUAAAUUCUCAGUGGCUAUAGAUCAGCUUGUACAAAGCUACGACGAACAUAUGAGAUCUAUCAUUCCUUAACCAAAGCUAUUGCCGAUAAGAGUUAAUAUUUAUGUUGAGUCUAAAGGUUUGAGAGUUGAGAACGUGCAUGUUAAGCCAUAUGAGAACGCCAAUGAUUUGCUAAAAUUAGUUGAAGAGUAUCAGAAACAGAGAGGAGAUCCCGUACUCAACUGGAACAGAGAAUAAGUUCAGAUAUUUGUGACAGGUCCACUGAGAGCUGAUAAUUAGAACAUUAAUUGGGAUAAUUUAAAUGGUGAGGCAGUAAAAUAAAUUGAUCUUAAUAGUGGUUCAUUAAGCCAACAUGUCUUAAUUAACUAUUGGGCAACUCCUUUCUAAACUUAUAACAUAGCCGCAGGGUCUACAAUAACCAUUAAGGGAGGACCAGUCCUAUUUGAAAGCGAUAAGCUUUUGGAAUGUAUGACUUUGUACUAUGAUAAAGAUCCAAACUCCACCUUCAACUACUUUUCUUGUAAGACAUGCAACUCAAAUUGUAAGUUACUUACAUUUAUUUUGAAAAUUUCAGGGAUUUGUGAAAACUGCAAAGAUGGCUGUCACAAAGGGCAUGUAUUACUCCCUCAUUUGUUGAAUCAUAGACCGACUUGGGCAUGUUGCUACUGCAUGAAGAAAGAUCUAUGCAAGUAAUAUUGA